AUGUCUGUCACUGGUUCUGACAACGGCAACCCGACAACGACUCCGACACCGACUCCGACAUCUCCAUACGAUCUGACUGCUGCUGACAAUCCUGGUGCUGUGAUUUCACAUCCUCUCCUCAAAGGAUCCAACUACGAUGAGUGGGCGUGUGGAAUCAAAACGGCACUCAGCUCUCGAAAAAAAUAUGGUUUUCUCGAUGGAUCUAUUCCACGUCCAGCUGAAGGCUCUGCAGAUCUGGAAGACUGGUGGACGAUUCAAGCUUUGCUUGUCUCAUGGAUCAAAAUGACUAUCGAUCCUUCCAUUCGAUCGAACAUCUCUCAUCGUGAUGUGGCGAAAGAUUUGUGGGAUCAUCUGAAGAAGAGGUUUUCUGUGACUAACGGACCUCGGAUCCAACAGCUUAAGGCUGAGUUGGCAUGCUGCAAACAACGCGGUCUCGCCAUUGAAGCUUACUACGGCAAGCUCAACCGUAUUUGGGACAACAUGGCUCAAUACAGACCAUUGAGGUCUUGCAAAUGUGGCAAGUGUGAAUGCCAACUUGGAUCCCUUCAAGAACAAGAUCGUGAAGAAGAGAAGGUUCACGAGUUCUUGUCUGGUCUUGACGACAGUUACCGCACGGUUCGCUCUACGUUGGUUUCACGCUCGCCAAUUCAACCAUUGGAGGAGGUGUACAACGUACUCCGUCAAGAGGAAGAUUUGAAGAUUGGCUCUCGGGGUGUAGACGAAACAUCUGAUGUGAGUGCCUAUGCUGUUCAAGCCAGAUCUCGUUUUCCUCCAUCUCGUAGUGAUGAACAUGCUAGACCUGUCUUGUGCAAACAUUGUAAUCGUUCCGGUCAUCCAUCGGAUAGUUGUUUUGCUGUUGUUGGUUAUCCUGAGUGGUGGGGAGAGCGUCCAAGGACCAGAACGAUGCAAGGCCGUGGUCGUGGUGGAGCUGUUUCCUCUGCAAAUGCUGGUCGAGGCAGAAGUGUGAACUAUGCCAAUGCAGUUCAGGUUCCCCAGCUCCCGCCUACCGAACAAGCGAACUAUGUUCUAACCGACCGUGAUCGUGAUGGAGUUCAAGGACUUAAUGAUGCUCAAUGGCGUGCACUCAUGAAUCUCCUGAACACCGAAAAAUCCAACGCCACCGAAAAACUCUCGGGUAAGAUUCCUUCUCCUUCUUGGAUAAUGGAUACUGGUGCCUCACAUCAUUUGACUGGAAAUCGUCACAUCUUGAGUGAUUUAAGGGAUAUGGAUCCUGUGUUGAUAAUAUUGGCUGAUGGUAGAGAACGGAUCUCUGUAACAGAGGGUACUGCAAUUUUGGGUUCUCAUCUGGUUUUGAAGUCUGUUUUUCUGGUUGAAGAAUUGACAACUGAUUUGAUAGCGGUUGGUCAGUUGAUGGACGAAAAUAACUGUGUUGUUCAAUUGGCUGAUCAGUUUCUUGUGGUUCAGGACCGUGUUUCGAGGACGGUGAUUGGAGCGGGUAAAAGAGAAUCCGGAACUUUUCGAUUUCGCAGAACAGAGUUGGCUGCUGCUGUUGCAACUCGGGAAGAGAAGUCUUAUGAACUGUGGCAUCAUAGGAUGGGACAUCCCUCUGCUAGAGUCGUUGCAAAACGGCAGAGCAAACGAAAGCACAGGCACAUCUUGAAUGUUGCACGAGCUUUGAUGUUUCAAGCGAACAUACCAAUAGAAUUUUGGGGAGAUUGCAUCUUGACAGCAGGCUAUUUGAUCAAUCGCACACCGAAUUCUGCUCUACAGGGUCUUAGUCUGUAUGAAAUGCUUCACCAGAAGGCACCGGAUUACGAUCAUCUUCGGGUUUUUGGCAGUUUGUGCUAUGCCCACAAUCAAAACACGAAAGGAGAUAAAUUUGCUUCUCGAAGCAGAAAGUGUGUGUUUGUUGGAUACCCAUACGGCAAGAAAGGAUGGCGUCUCUACGAUCUGGAAACACAUCAAUUUUUUGUGUCUAGAGAUGUCAUCUUCUCUGAAAAUCAGUUCCCCUUUCUCUGCAACUCUGUUUCAGGUUCGGAAAAGUUACACGAUGAGGAAGGAGAACUUUGGGCUCCACUUGGGGCAAACCCCUUUUUGGCUCAAGAUGAUGGGCUUUCUUGUACAACUCCAGCGAGCCCAAUUCCUAAUAUACCAUCAGGCCCAUCUACUCACGACCCAUCAUUUGACUCUGGUCAUGCCUCUCCAAUUCAGAACUCGAUCUCCACUGAAUCGUCUUCUCCGUCGACUCCGUCUGUGCCCUUGAAUUCUGAAUCUGAGUCUUCAUCGUCCGCUUCAGCUCCGGUCUCGUCCCCAUCAAUUUCUCUGGCACCUCCGUCUGAUUCUCCUCCACCAGAAAUUCUUGGUCGUGGUCAGAGGAAGAAAACGCAGUCUGUAACGCUGCGAAAUUUUGUGAUUAACACUGCUCAGAGUCGUCUGCUCAAACGACCAUCAACUUCGACUUACCCGAUUGCAAACUUGGCUGCAAUCGUUUCUCCGCCACUCACACGGCGUAUCUUGCAGCCAUCACAUAAAACAUUGAACCUCGCUCUUUCAAAAUGGCGGUUCAAUUGA